AUGAAAUUGACAAAAAUCCCUAACUAUUCGUCGCCGUGUCGGAGAGAAUUAGGGCUUGUCGGGUGGCCGUGGGGCGCUGGUGACGACGGGGCUGCGACGGGCUGCGCAUUGCUUUGCCGGCGGCGGCGAUCCUUCGGCCGCAGUCGGUCAGUGGAAUCCGGUGGUGGCGGGGACGCUAUGACAGUUACGGAUGAAGGAGGUUGUGGUGGUGAUGCUCACUCCGGCGGCGACAGUGGCGCGGCUGAGGCGGCUGUGGCAGGGUGGGAGCAGAUUUGGCAGUGCAUAUCUCGUUUUUUGUGUGCGUAA